ACGAGCUCCUUAGUUUAGCUCAGAGCGUCGCAAGCGGUGGGCGUCAGUGUGUGGUCUCCGUCACCUCUGAGGCUUCUUUCUGUACCGUCGCUGUGUGCAUAGCUGCUGGAAAAUGGAUUGCGGUCCCUCCCAUCGGUGGUGUCUGGUGCGGAGAGUGACGUGACCGUACAGGCGAACGGUUUUUCUCGUCUUAAAGUUUUGUGGAGUCCCAUCGCAGCCCUUGACGAGCCUGUGGCAGCGACACUACAAAAAUGCCACGUAGAAAACGAUGAGUGCCUCAAAUAUAGAAAAGAAAACACAAGUUGCCUGAAAGUGCGGGACAAGUUUGACAGUGGCAGAAGAUACGAAGCGCUGGAUGUGUAAAGUAUUCCUGGUCAAACCAGAACACUCAAAACUCUGUGCUAUAAAAAGUAAAAAAAACACAAAUACUGGACGAAAUAUAUAAAAGUGCUGUGCAGAAAGACUUAAAGACCCAUUUGGCUUGAGUUAAUUCAAAAAGGACACAAAGUAAGAUAUAUAUUCAUUGAGAAGUGAAAGGAGAGACAAGCCAAGCCGCAAGAGUCACCCCUGCACCCUCCUUCACAGUCCCUCCCUCUCCCCUGCGCCCCGCCAUGGAGUCGUCCCGGGCGGGGUGAAGGUACCUGCGGGGACACGAUGCAGGUGUGGACACUAUCAAUGGAGGUGCGGGUGGCGCUCCUCCUCCUCCUCCUCACCUCCACCAACGUGCGGGCGCCUCCUCCUCCUCCCUCCGAGCAAGGUGAGGAGACGCCUGCAGGUAGUCGAGGAGGUAGGCACAGACGGCGAGCCUUCCCCGGGCCAUACUUCCACCCGUCCUCGCCCGUCAACGUGACCACACAGCUUGGGGCGCACGCAUACCUCCCCUGCAGGAUCAAAAAUCUCGGGAACAAGUCGGUCUCAUGGAUCAGGAACCGCGACUCACACAUCCUGACGGUGGACCGCUACACCUUCAUCUCGGACGAGCGCUUCUCGGCGUGGCAUGAGGCGCAGACGCAGACGUGGACGCUGCAGGUACGCUACGUGCAGGAGCGGGACGCGGGCAAGUACGAGUGCCAGGUGUCCACGGAGCCCAAGAUGAGCCACUUCGUCGACCUGAGUGUCAUCACCCCAACCGUCAGCAUCACCGGCAAGUCAGACAUCUACGUCAAAAGUGGCUCCACCGUCAACAUUCAGUGUGUCAUCACCGACGCGCUGGAGGAGCCCACCUACAUCUUCUGGUACCAUGGUAACCGCCGCGUGGUGGGUACCAACUCAGACAGUUACCAGUUGACAGUGCACCGCAAGCCCCCGGACACCUCCAUCGGGACCCUUACCAUCGCCUCCGUCUCCAUGGCUGACAGCGGCAACUACACCUGCGCACCAGCCUCCCUGGAGAUGGCGUCUGUUAUGCUCCACGUCGUCAUCGGAGAACAUCCGCAGGCCAUGCACGGUACCAACUCCGCCGCCGCCAGCACUACAGGGUCGGCCACCUCCUCUGUCUCCUCCUCCUCCUCGCGCUCCUCCGCCCACACCCACGGGCGGCACGCGAUGUUGGGCGUUUGGCUAGCAACCCUCAUGCUUCUGGCCGUCACCUGACUCCAAAUGAACUAAAACCUCAAGGUCACCUCUCCCUCGAAGUCACUUCCCUCCUGCUCUUGCUCGCCGCCACAUACACACACACACACACACACACACACACACACACACACACACACACACACACACACACACACACACACUUCAUGUCUCCCGCAGCGUGAAGUAAGGUGUGGUGACGCGUGUGCCAGCCAGUGUCUUUUUACGAACUGAGGGAAUAGUGUAAGUGAAAAUUGCACAGUGAUUCCUCCUAGAUCAGUCCACCAUGCAGUGUGCGAUGAGCAAUUACAGCGGGAGGCAGCAAUGAAUCAGGCCCCGAGGUGAACUGGACCAUGGGAGUUGUGUUCAGACUUGGCCAGAAAAACGUGACCUACAUACACUAGACGAACUAACCAACCUUGUGGCGUGUGUUUGUAAUGAGACCAAAAGGGGAACAUAAAUCUACUAUUAUUACAUACAAUCUACGUCUUGUCAUGAUGAGUCCAGCGGGUGAACUAGACAUUGCAGGUGGAGGGGCUCGUGUAUGUGUGUGUGUGUGUGUGUGUGUGUGUGUGUGUGUGUGUGUAUGUAUGUGGCAGUGACUCUUGCAGUGUAACCUUUCCUCCUUCGCCGCUGAGACCUCGCCAAGUGAUCCAAGAUGCCCCCCGCAGCACGGCGAGCAGUGUUUUUCACCUCCCACGACAAACAAACCCGAUCAGAGACAGCGUGAGAGCGAGAUGUGUACAUAGAGUCUAUUUUGUAACGGAGACCAUUUUUAUGAGCAUUAAAACAGUGUAGAGUACAUAGUGGGUCACAGUGACCUGCAAGACCUAUAGUAAUCCUUCCUUCCCUUGCCUUCCCUUCCCUUUCCUUCCCUUCUUUUCCCUUCCCUUCCCUUCCCUUCUUUCUUCUGUCUUCUUCUUCCUUUAACUGCAUUCUCGCGGCCUUCCUCUGUCGUGUGUGUGUGUGUGUGUGUGUGUGUGUGUGUGUGUGUGUGUGUGUGUGUGUGUGUGUGUGUGUGUGAGAGAGAGAGAGAGAGAGAGAGAGAGAGAGAGAGAGA